AUGCCUGCGUGUUUGACCCACCAAGAGUGGAACCAAGAAACGGGUGCUUUGGAGGUUGCGAACGCAUUCGCCGAUCAGAUUCGUGGGAAGAAGAUUCUCAUUACUGGUGUAUCGCCUGAAUCAAUCGGUUCUGCCAUAGCCCUGAGCAUUGCAUCUCAGUCUCCUGAUCUCUUGAUUUUCGCUUCACGAACUCGAUCAAAGCUUGAAGAGGUUGCAAAUUCAAUCAAGAAUGCCCAUCCCAAGGUCGACGUCAAGAUCGUCAUACUUGAUCUAAUGUCCCAGGCUUCUGUCAAAGAAGCAGCAGCAGAAGUCGCCAGCCUGACUGAUCGUCUGGACCUCAUCAUCAACAAUGCCGGACUCAUGACGCAGAAACGAGUGGCCACCAAGGAAGGUAUUGAGGGGCAAUUUGGCGCCAACCACAUUGGUCACUUUCUCCUCACUAACUUGCUGAUGCCUCAAUUACUGGCUGCAGCUAAGACGAACGCGCCAGGCUCCACCCGCGUUGUCAACUUGAGCAGUCUAGGGCAUCGUUUGAGUCCUGUUCGCUUCUCAGAUUACAAUCUAACAGGAAAGGAAGUACCGCCAGAGGAGAUGCACAAACCAUUACCACCGAUAUUUGCAGGCAGUGCCGAUGACGGAUACAACGGUUUCGUUGCAUACGGGCAAGGGAAAACUGCAAACAUCCUCUUCUCGGUGGUUUUGAAUGAGAGACUGAAAAAUAAGGGUAUUGCGAGUUACGCUGUGCACCCUGGAUCAAUUUGGACAGGCCUGAGUCGAGACCUAGACCCAGAUGGUGAGGCGGCCAUCAAGAACACGAGUACUUUCUGGAAGAAUCGCGACCAAGGUGCAUCGACUGUGUUGGUAGCAGCACUUGAUCCUGCGUUAAAUGGUGAGCUCAUGUCCACAUCAAACAACCUCCAUGAUACUAACGUCAUGGAAGAUGUACAUUCUAAUGGAGUGUUCUUACACGACUGCCAAAUGACUGAUGCUGCGCCUUACGCGACUGAUUCAAAGCUUGCUGAACGACUGUGGGCUCUGAGUGAGAAGCUCGUGCAGCAGGAGUUCAAAUGGUGA